UGCUGAGUAGCGGAAUCGAGAUUCCAGCACAUCGCGCGAUAUUUUGUGUGCUCAUUUUGCUAUUGACACUGUAACGGUAUGGCGGCUCGAGUGAACGCGAUGUGUUUACGUGCAAUUGCGCUGAUAAUUUUGAUUAGCGUUGUUUCAAGCGCACCGCAGCACAAGCAAAAUACACAAAAGCAGCCAGCAGUUGUUGGAGCAGGAGGUGGUCCCACAGCGACUGGUGGACAGACACGUGUGCAAGAUCCGAAAUGCCUACAACCUAAGGAGCCCGGCCCAUGUCGCAUGAAUCUCGAUCGUUAUUAUUAUAAUGCACAAACGAACAACUGUGAGCUCUUCAAAUUUGGCGGUUGUCGUGGAAAUGAUAAUAAAUUUGGUUUUUUGAAGACUUGUGAGGAUGCCUGUAAGAUCGGCAAUCCAACGGCGAAUAAUACGCCCGCCACUGCUGGUGGAGCUGCUGGAACAACUAAUGCUAAAGCGCCUGUAGCUUCGGCGGGUGUUGUGCCCAAAGCGCCAGCACAGCCAGCAGCAGUGUUUCCCAAAGCGCCUGCUCCUGCAGCAGUUCUGAAUCCUAAGACGGUUGCUGUCGCUCCAAAUCCGACAACAAAUCCGAAAACUCCAAUAGCGGCUCGCGCUUGAGUAGAAGUCGGUAACUGAUGCUGGCGAAAGUGGAAAUUUACUAAAUUUGUGCUUUAUUUUAUUUAAUUAAAUUAAUUUAUAGAAAAAUUAUGUGGCUGAAUAAGAAAUGUGCUGAAUUUGAUUAAACUCUGAGA